GGAUCUAAGCUGGAGUGGCACGCAGCUAGCUUUCUUAAUUUAAGCCUCUCUACCUUCUCUAGCUUUCUUCAAUUCCUCACACAAAUCUCUAUAUAUUGUCUCCCUUCUCUCUUUCAGAUCUCCAUAUUCAACCCUUCUUUAUUUCUCUCUCAGACCUCCAUAUUUGACCCUUCUCUGAUCUCACAGCUUCCCAUAUUCAACCCGUAUUUGUGACCUUUUUUUUUCUUUUUCUUAUGGCAUCACUGUGAAGCCUCUUGAUUGGUGAAAACGUGAUCGACGGUGUGCAGGAGUGUCGCCCAGCUACCUGAAGAAUCCGAUGAAAUUAUCUGAGACGACUAUUGUAGUUUUGUUUGUUCAUCAUAUAUUAUAUGCUUUUCAAUCUCCCUUCUAAUUAGUAAUUACUUCCCUGCAUGUGUUAGAGGAACCCGACCGAUCCAAUUCCGGCCAUAUCAUAUCAAUAUAUGGCUUCUACCUCUUCUUCUGUUACUGCUUCGCCAUCCCCUCAGGGAUGGACGUAUGAUGUUUUCUUGAGUUUUCGAGGUCCAGAUGUUCGUAAAACUUUUAUAGAUUUCCUUUUUGAAUCGUUAGAACGUAAAGGGAUUCGCACUUUCAAAGAUGACGAUCGACUGGAGAAAGGAGACUGCAUCUCUCAGAGCCUACCAAAUGCUAUUCGGGAAUCAAAGUUUUUUAUCGCAGUCUUCUCCAAAGGCUAUGCUUCGUCAAAAUGGUGUUUGGAAGAACUUGCAACAGUCAUGGAAUGCCAAGAAAAGUUGGAGGACCAAAUUGUGGUGCCAAUUUUCUACCACGUGGAGCCUACAGAUGUCCGGAAUCAAAAAGGAAGUUUUGAAGAUUCGUUCAAAGAAUUGCAUGAAAAAAUUGGCAAGGAUGAUGAGAAGGUAACAAGAUGGAAGGAAGCCUUAAACAAGGCUGGCCAACUCAAAGGGUAUCAUUUGAAGAAUGACUAUAACGAAUACGAAGCAACAUGUGCAGAAAACGUUGCAGCCGACAUACAUGCUCGAUUGAAUCAUGCAUCGCUAGCCUUUGAGGAGAACUUAGUGGGGUUGGAAUCUAGCGUUAUCAACAUUGGUAACUGGUUGAGGUUGGCAUCUGAUGAUAAUGAUGAUGAUGUUGGAUUCAUUGGCAUUUGUGGUAUGGGAGGUAUCGGUAAGACAACAAUUGCAACGGCUGUUUUUAAUAGAUUUUGCCUCCAAUUUGAUGGAGCUUGUUUUCUUGUUGAUGUUAGACAACAUAAUGUCAUUGAAUUGCAAAAGACCCUUUUAACAAAAAUCCUAAAGGAAAAAUCAGGAGUAAAAAUAAGCAAUCUGCAAGAUGGAAUGGUGAAGAUAAGGAGGAGGCUUCAAGGGAAAAAAGUGUUGAUUGUUCUUGAUGAUGUAGACCACCAGCUGGAACAAUUAGAGAAAUUAGCGGGAGGUGGUGAUUGGUUUGGUAGCGGUAGUAGAGUGAUUAUAACCACAAGAGAUGUAGGAGUAUUGCGUUCCCAUGGAGUUGAUAAAAAGUAUAUAUACCAAGUAGAUACAUUGAAAGAGCAGGAAGCUAUUCAACUGUUUAGUUUCUAUGCCUUUAAAAAGAAACCUAAGUCUAGCUUUGAAGAACUCUGUGGAUCAAUUGUGCGUUAUUGUAAUGGUCUUCCAUUAGCACUUAAAGUUUUGGGGUCUUCUCUUUGUAGACUAGAGGCUGCUGAAUGGGAAAGCACUUUAGAGCAAUUCAAGAACACCCCCUAUGAUGAUAUUCAUGCCAAGCUUAGGAUAAGUUUUGAUGGACUUGAUGACAACAACAAAAAAAUCUUUUUGCAUAUUGCACGUCUUUUCAAGAAACAAAGGGGAGAAGUAGAUGUAAGAGAUGUACUUGAAAGUGAUUUAGGUGUGCUCAUUGAUAAAUCCCUUAUAUCAGUGAAAAAUGGGAAAAUUGAGAUGCAUGAUCUAAUUCAAGAAAUGGGUUGGCAUAUUAUAUUGCAAACUAGAGAUCUAGCUAGGAGGGAGCUUGGAGCAGGGUGGCAUGGAAGAUUGAGGAUGUUAUGUACGUUGUUGAUCAUGUGUUAACUUGGAUAUAGCA